AUGUGUCCCACGCAGUGUCAUUCAUUCACCUUGCGCCUUACAUUGUCAAGAGAGCCAUCUCUCUUGGCAAAGAUGGCACCAGCCAUCUCUCUUGACAAAAUCCACCUUGCCUUGCACCCACCACCAGCUGAUCAACCCACCGUGCAGGUGCACCUUUCACCUACCGCGGCACUGCCUCACACCCACUGCCUCACACCCACUGCCUCACACCCACUGCCUCACACCCACUGCCUCACACCCACUGCCUCACACCCACUGCCUCACACCCACUGCCUCACACCCACUGCCUCACACCCACUGCCUCACACCCACUGCCUCACACCCACUGCCUCACACCCACUGCCUCACACCACUGCCUCACACCACUGCCUCACACCCACUGCCUCACACCCACUGCCUCACACCCACUGCCUCACACCCACUGCCUCACACCCACUGCCUCACACCCACUGCCUCACACCCCACUGCCUCACACCCACUGCCUCACACCACUGCCCCACACCCACUGCCUCACACCCACUGCUCACACCCACUGCCUCACACCCACUGCCUCACACCCACUGCCUCCACCCCCACUGCCUCACACCCACUGCCUCACCACCACUGCCUCCCCCAAACCCCCACCCCGCCUCACACCCCCACUGCCCUACACACCACUGCCUCACACCACUGCCUUCACACCCACUGCCUCACACCCACUGCCUCACACCCACUGCUCACACCCACUGCCUCACACCCACUGCCUCCACACCCACUGCCUCACACCCCACUGCCUCACACCCACUGCCUCACACCCACUGCCUCACACCCACUGCCUCACACCCACUGCCUCACACCACGCCUCACACCCACUGCCUCACACCCACUGCCUCACACCCACUGCUCACACCACUGCCUCACACCCCAUCGCCUCACACCCACGCCCACACCCACUGCCUCACACCCACGCCUCACACCCACUGCCUCACACCCACUGCCUCACACCCAACUGCCUCACACCCACUGCCUCACACCCACUGCCUCACACCCACUGCCUCACACCCACUGCCUCACACCCACUGCCUCACACCCACUGCCUCACACCCACUGCCUCACACCCACUGCCUCACACCCACUGCCUCACACCCACUGCCUCACACCCACUGCCUCACACCCACUGCCCCACAACCACUGCCUCACACCCACUGCCUCACACCUACUGCCCCACACCCACUGCCUCCCACCCACUGCCUCACACCCACUGCCUCACACCCACUGCCUCACACCCACUGCCUCACACCCACUGCCUCACACCCACUGCCUCACACCCACUGCCUCGCUCCCCAUGCUUUGCACGCACCGAGCGCCUCAAAGCCCUCUCCCCUGCCCACCCCUCCUCUCCCCCCUUCUCCCCUGCUCCGCUCCUUCUAUUCUUGCUCUCCUUGCCUCAUGCCACAUUACAAGCCACCUCACACCCACCGCCUUGCACGCACCGAGUGGCUGACUGCUGGGUUGCCUUGCCAUGCCACAACACCAUCUCUGCCAACUCACACGGCAAUACCCUCCCCCUGUCCCGCCUCCCCUUUCCCCGUUCUCCGCCACUCCUACGCUUUUUUGUUUGCGUCCUCCUUUCCUCCUGCUACCUCUUUCUCCUGA